AUGGAGGUGGAAGGCGGGCUGUGGCCUGGGGGCUGGUGGUGCCGCCACUGGCAAACGUUCCGCUACAUAGUGUCCUGCGCCAGCUACAGCACCAACUCGAGCUCGCUUCUGUGGGGCCCCGAAGUCCUGUGCCGGCUGGCCACCAACGGACCCCGCUCGGUGCGGUCGGCCGUCGACGAUGAGGAGCCGGAUCGGGGCCCCGCUCUCUACCGGCUUGCGACUCAGUGCUACCAGAGCUUCCGGUGUGGACUACAAUCGCUGGUGAGCUCGGACCCGGAUGGUCCCCGGUGGAACGACGCGCUGUACGAGUGUAUCCCGGAGCUGCUCCGGGAGCCGUCCGUUAGCGGGUCGCAGUCCUCGGUGGGCCACAAUGACUGCCAAGCGCCGCUCCAGCACAACUUGACGCUUGUGGCGCGUCAAGUUUUACAGCCCGUGUCGGAGCUGAUCGUGAAGCUCCCGAAGCUGCUGCUCCAGCUGGCCGGUGGGAACGACGCAGCGAUCGAGUCCGACCUGACCGGUGCCGAUUGCUGGAACACCACCGACGUGGUCGAGCGGCGGUUGGUCUGCGGCGGCAACUACACGGCUCCAGGACACCCGACGGCAUUCUUCGAGAGCGACGCAUUCGAGGCACUCAACGCGUCCCUGGUCGAGCCGAUCCAGUGCUGGAUGAGCGUGGAGGUGCUGCAGACCGUGCUCGACACCGUGGACCCGAUCGCGGCCUUCACCGACACCGGCUGGAACCAGACGCGGCUCUUCGACGGGCUACCGGGUGCGCCUGGCGGCGACGGUGCCGCCGGGCGCUACGAGUGGAGCUUCCUGUUCGUGAUCCUGUUCAUCUUCGCCGGCGGGCUUGGCAACAUCCUCGUCUGCCUGGCCGUCGCCCUCGACCGGAAGCUGCAAAACGUUACCAACUACUUCCUGCUGUCGCUCGCCAUCGCCGACCUGCUCGUCAGCCUGUUUGUGAUGCCCCUCGGAGCCAUCCCUGGAUUUCUCGGCUACUGGCCGUUCGGGGUCACGUGGUGCAACAUCUACGUUACGUGCGACGUGCUGGCGUGCUCGGCCAGCAUCCUGCACAUGUGCUUCAUUAGCUUGGGCCGCUACCUGGGCAUCCGGAACCCGCUCGGGACGCGGCACCACUCGACGAAGCGGCUGACGGGCAUCAAGAUCGCGCUGGUCUGGCUGCUGGCGAUGCUGGUGUCGAGCUCCAUCACCGUGCUGGGGUUGAUCAACCGGAACAACAUCAUGCCCGGUCCGAACGAGUGCGUCAUCAAUAAUCGGGCGUUCUUCGUGUUCGGCUCGCUGGUCGCGUUCUACAUCCCGAUGGUGAUGAUGGUCGUCACGUACGCCCUGACCGUGCAGCUGCUCCGCAAGAAGGCCCGCUUCCUCGAGGAACACCCGGAGGGCGAACUGUUCCGCAGACUCGGAGGGCGGCUGGCGUCGUCGAAGCACUCGAACCACUCGCAGAGCGACGGUUCCUCGACCUCCACCGGCAGGGCCGUCGAGAUGCGGAAGUUCACCACCACCACCGGCACCGUCAGCAACAACAACAACAACAACAAACAGCUGCAGCACGACUCGCCACCCCUGGCCCCCACCGGCCACAGUGCCAUGCCGUGGCGCUGGCACGGCACGGCCACCGCCGGCAGAAUGAGCAGGAUGAGUUCCAUCAAGGGCAGCAUCUCGCAUCCGCACCUCGGCUACACCAAUGGUGGUGGCGGUGGCGGAGGCGCAGGGAACCGGCAUCCGGUGACCGGCAAACACCGGCUGGGCCGGGCCGUCUGUGACCAGGGCACCCAGACGCCGGACAGCAUCGAGCGGGAGACGCGUCGCCAGAAGUUCUGCUCCUUCCGGAUACACCUCAACAGUGUGCCAACGCCGGCGAUAAAUUUCAAUUUGAAAUUUUUGGGCAACAAAAAGCGCCCGAAUCUAUCGGCGAACGCGGUCGCGACCGAGCAGAAGGCGACCAAGGUCCUCGGAUUGGUGUUCUUCACGUUCGUCUUCUGCUGGGCGCCGUUCUUCAUCCUGAACAUCAUCUUCGCCGUGUGCCCGGAAGCGAAAGUACCUGAGCGCGUUGUCAGCAUCUGUCUCUGGCUGGGGUACGUGUCGUCGACGAUAAAUCCCAUCAUCUACACGAUCUUCAACAAAACGUUCCGGGCGGCCUUCAUCCGUCUGCUGCGGUGCAGAUGCGAGCGCUCCGGGCGACCGCCCAGAUACCGCUCGGUGACGGACAGCCGCGGGGCCAUCAGUCUCUGCACGCCGUCGGCCCUACCGCUCGCCAUAUCGCUGCAGGGUUCGUCGCUGCUGACACCUUCCACCACACAGGCGACACCGCUGAGUGACUUCCGCGGAAGCUACGAAAUCACCGACGACGACUGCUAG